UUGUUCUCAUUUGUAGGUCAAUUGACAGCACCCGUACAAAUUACAAUCAAUGUGCAGGAUGUUAACGAUAAUCAACCUCAUUUGGAAGUUUCUGACAAUCAUAUACGGCUAUCCAACAAUAGACUGAUAUCGCCUUUCUUUGUGCAGAUACUAGACGAUGACAGUCCAACAGCGAGUGAGAAUCGCUUGUCUCUUGCUGGUAGCGCUGCAGGCUUUCUUGGGCUAUCCAAAAUAUCAGAAAACCUUUACCAAGUUGAUGUAAUUGGGUUUGCUCCAUCUGGCAAGCAUGAUCUGGAAAUUACCGUAUCCGAUGAUGUGUUUUCCGACAAAGUAACAGUAAAUGUCCAAGCACAGAAUUCUCGCUCCCACGCUCGCUUCAGACGACCAAAAUAUUCAAAAACUGUCACUGCGGAUAAAAUACAUGAGGGAAACCAGCUUCUGCAAGUAGAGUUGGAAGGUGUACCUAUUGAUGAGGCUCGCUUUGUUAUUUUACAAGGAAAUCCUGGUUGGCUAAGCAUUGAUGAUUACGGAGGACGAAUUGGCAUAGCGAAGUUCAUAAAGUAG